AUGAAUAUAGGAUAAAUAUAUACCUUCAUUUCCUAAUAAGUUAUAUUUAUAUGGUUAUUGGUGUUUGUCACUCCACUUUACAUAUUUAUUGCAAGUAUUUUAGCAAAGGGAAUUCAAUUGUUAUACAAGAUGUCAAUAAAUAGAGAAUCUAUUAUUUAUACUUAUAUUGGUGAUUUAAGUUGGCUAUUUCCAUUCAAGGUAUGUCUAAUCAUUUAAUAAUAAUUAGUAAAAUGAAUAAGAAUUUAAACUGAUACACACAAUGUUUUUAGCAAUAUUGAUUGCAAUAGCAUCUUUAAUAAUACUUGGAGGAGUAUUGAUGCUCAACUUAUUAGAGUAAAAAAAAAUGUAGUAAGAUAAGAUAGAAUAAAAAUAAAGAUAAAAAAUAGAAAAGAGAGAGAAUAAAUGAAUAUAUGGUAG